UGUGCGCCUUGUCCGGCGGCCGCAGCGCUGAGCUCCUUCCCGGCUUCACCUCUGUGUACAGUCCCGCUGAAUGUCAGCAACCCUCCAGGACCAGUUUACUCAGAACCGUAGGGAGGUGGUGCUUUGAGGUGAAGGAAAUGUCCUCCACACACACCGGAGCUCCUUCUCCUGCGUCGGAACAACCCACGUCCCCCAAAAAACAGCUGAGCAAGCUAACGGGCUGCUGCUAGCUAAUGCUAACCCUGGAGAAAUCCGCAAUGUUAGCUUGUUAACCGAUGCUAUGCCUUAGCUAGCGGGUUGAAUCCAAACUCAGGGGAAACAUGCUGCUGCAGUAAAGUCCACUUUGCAGAAACGAGGAGCCAACAACAGAUGUUUUAUCCCAAUGAGCCAAACUGUCCCUUUCUGCACGCGGAUUCUCUGGCUGACGGGCUUGUCAGCUAGCUAGCAUGGUUAGCUCGCUUGCUAGCCGACCUGACGAACGUUGUCAGCGGACGGACUGGGAGCUGGAUCCGCCUGCAUGCCGCAGAUGUCAGCCACGGAGCGGAUGCUUGGGUGCAGCGAUCCCCCCGCGGUUUAUUCUUCACUUUGCACCGACUCGUCUCCGGCUACAGCUCCGGCAUCCGCGCCGAGGAUCGCCCGCCAGUGUUGUUGUUUCCCCCCUCUCACUUUCGUCCCGUACUCUCGGCCAUCUUGUCGGUGCCCGUGACGCCAGGCUGGGCGGAUCCGGAUCCGGAUCAACAACAACACCCCGACCCCUCUUCUCCUCCAGGUGAUGGAGCUGGAGUCAGGUGGAGCCAAGUGAUCUCCAGAGGCGGAGUGGCGCAUCACGACCUGUCUAUUGUGAAGCCAAGGAGAAGAAAAGAUGGACAUCACGGACCAAGGAGCCCAAAUGGAGCCGCUCUUACCAACGGAACAAAGUUCCCAAGAAAAUGCAGAUGUGAGAACUGAUGAGGAGGCGGUGGUGGACCGCGGGGGCACACGCUCCAUGCUCAACACCAACUUUGAGAAAGAAGAGCUUGAAGGUCACCGCACUCUCUACAUCGGGGUCCAUGUGCCCCUGGGCAGGAGGUCGCACCGACGUCACCGCCACCAUGGACACAGACACAGGAAGAGGUCCAAGGAGAGGGACUCCUCGGCCGAGGAUGAACGAGAAUCCCCCUCGCACACAGACACACCAGCACAGAGGGUGCAGUUUCUCCUGGGGACAGAGGAUGGGGACGAGGAACACAUCCCCCACGCCCUAUUCACCGAGCUGGAUGAAAUCUGUCUCAGGGAGGGAGAGGACGCAGAGUGGAAAGAGACAGCCAGGUGGUUAAAGUUUGAGGAGGAUGUGGAGGAUGGCGGUGAGCGGUGGAGUAAACCGUAUGUAGCCACUCUGUCUCUACACAGUCUUUUCGAGCUCCGCAGCUGCAUCAUGAACGGCACUGUGAUGCUGGACAUGAGGGCCAACUCGCUGGAGGAGAUUGCAGACAUGGUUCUGGAUCAGCACGAGGCGUCGGGCCCAGUCGGUCAGGAUGCCAGGAAGAGGAUCCGCGAGGCCCUGCUCAAACAGCACCACCACCAGAACCACAAGAAACUGGCCAACCGCAUCCCCAUUGUCCGCUCCUUUGCUGAUAUCGGCAAGAAGCAGUCAGAGCCUCAUUCCAUGGACAAGAAUGGCCAAACGGUCUCGCCUCAGUCCCAGCCGGCCAACAACGAGGGCAAACAGGACGUCAGCCGAGAAAACAGUGCUGUGGACUUCAGCAAGAUUGACCUCCACUUCAUGAAGAAGAUCCCUCCCGGUGCUGAGGCGUCCAACGUCCUGGUGGGGGAGCUGGAAUUCCUCGACCGCCCAGUUGUGGCUUUUGUCCGCCUGUCCCCCGCCGUGCUGCUCAACGGCCUGGCUGAGGUUCCCAUCACCACCAGGUUUCUUUUCAUCCUGCUGGGCCCUCUGGGAAAAGGUCCACAGUAUCAUGAAAUUGGCCGGUCUAUUGCCACGCUGAUGACUGAUGAGGUUUUCCACGAUGUUGCGUACAAAGCCAAAGACAGGAACGACCUGGUGGCCGGCAUCGAUGAGUUUCUGGACCAGGUGACGGUGCUGCCCCCUGGAGAGUGGGACCCCUCCAUCAGAAUAGAGCCUCCCAAAAAUGUGCCCUCUCAGGAAAAGCGCAAGCUUCCUCCUGUUCCCAACGGUGUGACGGAUCUUGGCGAUUUGGAGGAUCACGGAGGGCACGGUGGCCCUGAGCUGCAGCGCACGGGGAGAUUGUUUGGCGGCUUGAUCCUGGACAUCAAGCGAAAGGCCCCCCACUACCUGUCCGACUACACAGACGCCCUGAGCCUGCAGUGUCUGGCCUCCUUCCUCUUCCUCUACUGCGCCUGCAUGUCACCUGUCAUCACCUUCGGAGGACUCCUGGGGGAGGCCACAGAGGGUCGUGUGAGCGCUAUCGAGUCCCUGUUCGGAGCCUCCAUGACUGGAAUAGCCUACUCUCUUGUAGCGGGUCAGCCUCUCACCAUCCUGGGCAGCACGGGGCCCGUUCUCGUCUUUGAGAAGAUCCUCUUCAAGUUCUGCAAGGAGUAUGAGCUCUCCUACCUCUCCCUGAGGGCCUGUAUUGGCCUGUGGACGGCCUUCUUCUGUCUGCUGCUGGUGGCCACUGAUGCCAGCUCACUUGUCUGUUACAUCACACGCUUCACUGAGGAAGCUUUUGCUUCACUCAUCUGCAUCAUCUUCAUCUACGAGGCCCUGGAGAAGCUUCUCCACCUGGGGACGCAUUACCCCAUCAAUAAAAACAACAAUCUCCAGACGCUCACACAAUACUCAUGCGCGUGUGUGGAGCCCAGAUACCCCAGCAAUAAGACUCUAGAGUUCUGGGAGGAGAGGAACGUCACAUCCUCACAGGUCAACUGGACCAUGCUGGAGGUCAAGGAGUGCGAGAUGUUGCACGGUGAGUUCGAGGGCACCGCCUGUGGCCCCCACGGGCCCUACGUCCCGGACGUCCUCUUCUGGUGCGUGGUCCUCUUCUUCUCCACCGUCCUCAUGUCCGCUUUCCUCAAGGAGUUCAAGACGAGUCGUUACUUCCCGACCAAGGUUCGAGCCAUCAUCAGCGACUUUGCCGUCUUCAUCACCAUCCUCACUAUGGUUCUGGUGGAUUACGCCCUGGGGAUCCCCUCACCUAAAUUACAGGUCCCCGACCAGUUCAGACCAACCAGAGACGAUCGUGGCUGGCUCAUAAACCCUGUGGGGCCCAACCCCUGGUGGACCACCAUCAUCACCUUCAUCCCGGCUCUGCUCUGCACCAUCCUCAUUUUCAUGGACCAGCAGAUCACGGCCGUCAUCAUAAACAGGAAGGAGCACAAACUGAAGAAAGGCUGUGGCUAUCACCUGGACCUGUUUGUGGUGGGGGUGAUGCUGGGAGUGUGCUCUGUGAUGGGCCUGCCGUGGUUCGUGGCAGCUACCGUGCUCUCCAUCUCCCACGUGAACAGCCUGAAGCUGGAGUCGGAGUGCUCCGCCCCCGGGGAGCAGCCCAAGUUCCUGGGCAUCCGAGAGCAGCGCUUCACCGGCCUCAUGAUCUUCACGCUGAUGGGCUGCUCCGUGUUCAUGACCUCCGUGCUGAAGUUCAUCCCCAUGCCCGUGCUGUACGGGGUCUUUCUCUACAUGGGGGCUUCCUCACUCAGAGGUAUUCAGUUCUUUGACCGACUGAAGCUGUUCGGCAUGCCAGCCAAACAUCAGCCGGACUUCAUCUACCUUCGCCACGUCCCUCUGAGGAAGGUGCACCUCUUCACCAUCGUCCAGCUCACCUGCUUGGCCCUGCUGUGGAUCAUCAAGACGUCCAAAGCUGCCAUCGUCUUCCCCAUGAUGGUCCUGGCCCUGGUGUUCAUCCGUAAACUGUUGGACUUUGGCUUCACCAAGAGAGAGCUGAGCUGGCUGGACGACCUGAUGCCCGAGUGGAAGAAGAAGAAGUUGGAGGAUGCGGCAGAAGAGGAGGAGCCCAGUAUUAUUGUAGAGGAGGAAGGCAUCGUGCAAUUGCCACUGGAGGGACCCUACAAGAGUGACCCAGCCACGGUGAACAUCACUGACGAGAUGUCCAAAGGUUCCUUCGGGAAUGUGUGGAAGAGCGUCAGCCCUGUGGAGAGCACCAAGAAGGAACCAAGCGCUAAGAGUUGUUCCAGAGGCGGCGAAAAGCGCGAAAAGCGCCAGAAGCGGCGAAGGCACGACAAGAGCUUGGACAGGGAGACAAGUUUGUGAUGACACCUACUGGCGGUGCCAUUGUGCUGUCGAUCAGUCGAUCAAAAAACUAAAAAUCUGUACCGUGCCACACUCAAUCACCUUUGUACUGUGCUACACUGUGUUUUUGUCAUGUAAGUCUGUGUGCAAGUUGUGUAAAACUACAAAUUUGUUAGAAACAGUGUUAAUGCUGAGGAGCCGAGACACAUCUGUGUUCUUUUUCUAUGUAAUUCAGUGUUUGGUGAUACCAGCAACAAUAGGAAUCCAGAAUUAUACGACACUUACGGUAACUGCUGUGUUGACGGGCCAAUUACACAAACAUUUUAAACAAUUUUUAAAUCCAUUUGAUUUGUAUUUUGUAUGUUUUUAUAUUUUUCCAAUAUGACUCCUUUUAAAAAGCUGCCACAGGAAACCCACACUGUGGAUUUUUAAUGCAGCAUUUAUUGACUUUAUGCACCUCACAGUAGAAUCACUAAAGAGUAGAUUUGCAGAUACUAAUCUAUUUCAGUUUUGUCUAAAAGAGUUGGCAACAUAGCGAAUCUAGUACCAUUUCUUUUUAAAGUAUUAAAUAUACAUUUUAUAUA